CCCGCGAGAUGAGACUGGGCAUGUCGGGAUUAGCAGUCCGGCAGCAGACAGGGAGCUGGACCAGAUCGGUGUUGCGGGAUGUUCAAACAGCGAGCCGGUACUGCGGGCUGUGUACAGACAAUCGGAAGUGACCGGAAGAAGCGGCACUAGUGGGCGGUCCAGCAUGGUGGGAAGCACCAAUGAGUGUGGAUUAAAGGGACAGCUGCAUAUAUAAGACUUUCUCUUCAUUGCUGCACUUGGAGUCGAGAUUUGUGCAAAGCUGAAGGUGUGGGGGCCCCCAGUCCCUAAUAAAGCAACGUUGGAUAUAACACUCCAGAACAUGGCUUUCGAUCACCAGCAACCCCCCACACCCUCCUCAUUUCUUCCUCGGCUUUAGUUUCUCUGGCGGCCACGUUACCUGACUCCCAGGUCGCUGUCUAAGAAGGGCACGGUGAAUUCUAUAUUACUGUGUCUCCCUCCAGACUCUCAUUGCCCCACUUAUUGCCCCACUCACACACACCGCCAACAUGUUCACUGCUCUGAAGAAACUGGUGGGGUCUGACCCUUCCACGGUCAGGGACAAGAAUAUCCCGGCCGGGCUGCAGUCCAUGAACCAGACGCUCCAGAGGAGGUUUGCUAAAGGAGUGCAGUACAACAUGAAAAUAGUGAUCCGUGGUGACCGGAACACCGGCAAGACCACGCUCUGGCACCGGCUGCAGGGGAAGAAGUUUGUUGAGGAAUAUCUCCCCACUCAGGAGAUUCAGGUCACCAGCAUCCACUGGAACUACAAAACCACUGAUGAUAUAGUGAAGGUGGAAGUCUGGGAUGUGGUUGAUAAAGGCAAAUGUAAGAAGAGGGGUGAGAGCUCCCUGAAACUGGAAAAUGAUCCCCAAGAGGAAGCGGAUAUGGCUCUGGACGCAGAGUUCCUGGAUGUCUACAAGAAUUGCAAUGGAGUUAUUUUGAUGUUUGACAUCACCAAGCAGUGGACAUUUACCUACAUCAUGCGGGAGCUGCCUAAAGUCCCCAGCGAAGUCCCGGUGUGUGUGCUUGGCAAUUACCGUGACAUGGGGGAGCACCGGGUUAUCCUUCCUGAUGAUGUCCGGGAAUGCAUUCAGAAUCUGAACAGACGCCCCGGUUCCUCCUACAUUCGCUACGCUGAGUCUUCCAUGAAGAACAGCUUUGGGCUGAAAUAUUUGCACAAAUUCUUUAAUAUCCCUUUCCUGCAGCUUCAGAGAGAGACCUUGUUACGGCAGUUGGAGACCAACCAGCUGGAUAUUGACGCCACGCUAGAGGAGCUGUCUGUGCAGCAGGAGACUGAGGAUCAGAAUUAUGAGAUCUUCCAGGAAAUGUUAGAAACAAACAAGCGUCAGGCUUCCCCGGCCGCCACAAAUGGCCAGAGCCCGGCCUCCGGCUCACAAUCUCCAGUGAUGGCCAUGAACUCAGGAUCACCAGACUGUUCUAGUCCUGGCACACCGCUGCAGCUCCCAUCUGUCAUACCGACUAGUCCUCCUCUGGUAGCAUCCCCACCUCCUCCUAUGCCCGACCUACCCGAAUCUGGUGCCUCUCCUUCCUCUGCUGUGUCCUCUCUUCCUCCGACCCAAGCUCCUCCACAGAAACGGGGGUUCAUAUCCCGGCUCUUUGGUUCAGCCACACCUGAGACGCCUCCCGCAAGAACAGACAGUGUAAGCUCUGGAGAACAGCUGGGGAAGGUGCAGAGCGUAGAGGAUUUUGUCCCUGACGAGAGCCUGGACCGAAGUUUCCUGGAGGACAGUGGGGCACACAGAGAGCAGGGGAGAGCGUCUCCCAGGGAACAGAAGGACAGCGACAGUGAUGGGGAAGCACCCAGUACAAACCCAAUGGUUGCAGUAUUCCAGGAUGACUUAGAUCCAGAUGACCGGGUGGGAGUCAAACCCAGCGCUACCCUGGUGGUCCCUAGCAAGAAUAUCACCCUGUCGAGUGACGAGGAGGAGCCCAAUCAAACAGUACUUGUUACAGCUGAAGAAGAUAUUGAUUCAGAACCAGAAACACGGAAACCCCAACAAACAGCCGUUUUUCAGAGCCGUUCCCAGAAGAACCCCCCAUCCGAUCAGCUGCUUUCCAGCGCGCCCCAAUCCACUGGCAAAGCGACCCCGGGAAAGGCAAGCACCAAGGAGGAGUCUGAUAGUGACCAGGAGGGGCCCAUUGCCAACCAGAUGCUCUCUUUUGUCAUGGACGAUCCGGAUUUUGACAGCGAAGACUCAAGUCAUGUCCCCAAGAGACCGGAAGUGUUCCCGGCCCUAAAUCACUUGUCGGACAGCUCUAGUGAAGAUGCUGCUCCAUCUCAGCCCGCACAGGUGACUAAGUCAGCUGUUCCUGCCUUUAAAGCCAGACAGGAUGAUGACCUCUUUGGUCUGGGCUUCGAGGAGAAAGGCACAACGGAGAACAAUGAGGAAGAUAAAGAGAGCAAAGGUUCAAAAGAGAAGAAGAAGAAAAAAAAGAAAACAAAGGAGGCUCCUGAGGAAGAGAAAGACAUGACGAAGAAGAGCCGACACAAGAAGAGUAAAGAGAAGGAGGAAGGCAAGGAAGAGAAAAAGAAGAAGCCCAAGAAGAAGAAAGAUGAGUUUGAUGAGCUGGAAGCCUUUUUGGGAGGGAGGGCUCCGAGCCGGCCACGCUCAGGGGGAGAGUACGAGGAGCUUUAAAUGCCAUCGGAGCCCACCUCCCGUGCUUUCUCUUUCCUAUCUACUGACUCCGACCUCUGCUUCCCUCAUCAGACGUCCAAUCAGGGUGCAGCGCAUUGAUCCCGGAGUGAAUGAUCACUCCACCUCUGCACCGCAGGACCCAACGCACAGCAGCAGAAGUGAAGGGUCUUGUUUUAACCGACAAACCCCCAAAAACUCCUGUGCAGAACUGGGCCCAACCCUCAACCUUCCACUCCGUCUAACCCACGGACAGGCUUGGUUCUGAGGGAAAUGGUACUAAGAAAGUGGGUUCCUUCUCAGGAGGAGCUCAGGGUGAACUAGAAACUAUUACCAGAUACUGCACUUCUGUCCCUUGGCCAGAUGGAGGCGCCUCCUGCACUCACAUAGAAAAUGCUGCUUUUUUUCCCUGUUUUUCCUUGAUAUGUUUCCUAAUGUUGGGGGGGCCCCCUUAUCUGUGUUUAUUGUUUUUAAUUACCCCAAGAUAUACUGUCUCGUGACAAAUACGGUGGCCAUUCUCUCGCCAAGGUACUUUUCAGCUGGCUUUCUUCCCAUGAUCGUCUCCAUGAGCACAUUGUUCCGCAGAGAAGCUUGCCUUACUGUUCCCUUUAAAUAUUACCCAGUAUUCCAGGGGGUCAUGUGAUAAACACUGCAAUGUUCAUACAAGGUCUAUUAACCUGUAGCAACCAAUCACUAGGUAGCAUUCAGUGGAUGAAUGAAAUAUCUGAUUGGUUGCUAUGGGAUAGUAAUACACAUGAUACAAACUGUGGCUUUUAUAACACUAACCCAGGGCACCUUGCAGUUGGUCCUUGUGCAGUUAUAUAUUUUCACUGACCCUAGCUACCUUGAUUUUAAAUUGAAAUUUGCAGACCAACAGCAAGGCUGACUUAGUUCCAUAUGUGACAUAUUAGAAGUUAAUAAAAAGGUGACCCUAAGAUUUAACCAGAGCAGCAGAUUAUUAAUCCAGUCUGGCCUUGUGGUGAGUUGAAUGGUGCUGUUCCAGCAGAAGGGGAGGGUGGGUCAUAUUGGAUCCCAGCUGAUUGACCAUGUUUAUUUGCUUGUAUAUUUCUGUAGUGUUUGAUUGGUGCUUUAUGCGGCAGGGCCUUGUGUGACGUGCCCCCCAUUUCUAUGUUGAAAGUUGUAGGACCCCUUAAAACUGCUGCUGAUCAGAUAUUUCAUUCCAGAUCUAUUUAUCCUCAUUUUGAUUCCAUGAUUGUUCCACACAGUCAUUCCAGCAGCUUCAGUCUUGCGGAACAAGGGUCUAUUAGGCUGCACCCCCCAGUACUUUCUAUCGGUGCUAUGUUCUCCUCCCGAGGCUGCAGGGGACAGUGCUUUCCCCUCCGUGUAGUAUGGUACCUCUCAACCCGACUCAGCUGCAAAAACUCAGUUAAAGGGAAAAUACACAACUGAGCACUAUAAGCAAAAUAAAUAAGUCAUUUUCGGACAGUAUCUCCCCUCGGCAGCAUAUUGACAGGGCAAUGAGAAUGGAAAUGCAUUUCCUAUAAAAGCCAGGCUCAUGCUGAUCAUACAGUCUGCCCAGAUUGUACCAAACUUGAGGGGUUCAGCCCACAAGCAACAUGUAGCCAAUGUUUCAGCAUGCAGGCCCUAAAUGCUAUCCCUUAUUCAGGAGAAGUUGGUAAGCAGUGCAAAGAAUUGCUAUGGAGCUGCAACAUCCCCCCCGUUCUUUCUUGCUCCAUAACUAAACAGUUAAUCUCUCUGGUACUUGUGUCCGAGCCAUUCCUUGCAGGGGUGCUGUUAUCUGUAACCAUGUGAUAUGAUCUGGCUUGAUCUGAUUGAUUCUACCCCACUAACAGCCAACAUAAUUGUAAUUGGAUCACUGGCUUGGGCCGUGCGCAUGAAUAACCCCCACAAACACUACAUGGGCUCUGCUAAUACUGUUAGAUGGACACACCCACACUUGUAUUUCAUUGGAUAAAAUAAAAUGCAGUUUCAUUUUGUGGAA